CAUCCCCUCGGUGAACUUGAGACGAAAGAGGAAGACUGAGCAGGAGGCCCCGAUGGAGCGCCAGCCUCCGUGGCGGCGGGCCCCGCCGGACCUGCUCUCGGGCCCCUGGCUCCUGGCCUUGCUCCUGUUUCCCUGGACCCUGCGGCUCACAGGAGGGCAGUCCGUGACCCAAAUUGGUGCCCCCAUUUUGGUCUCUCUGGCCAACAAGGCCAUUUCCUUCGACUGCAGAAUCACGUACCCGGACAGCCCCAAAUUCAGGGACUUCACAACCCAGUACUUUCACGUGGACCUCCAGAAACGGGAGAGCCUCAGGGAGCAGAUGAAAUGCUCACCCGACCUGGCCAAAGAGAACCAGACGCACACCCUGCAAUGCCGGGUCACCCCCACGCUGCCCAACGCGUCGGCCACUGGUACCUACUACUGCUCCGUGGACUGGCAGGACUUGAAAAUAAUCAGCCAAGGCGUCUUCAUCCUGGUCAGAGACGCAGGGUACCGAGCCCCCGCGCAGGACUCCCGGCUGCUCCUGCUCUCCGGCUUCACGGGCCUCCUGACCGCAUUGAGUGUCUUGGUCACAGCCCUGCUGCUCUGGAAGAAGAAACGGAGGCAGACUCCUCGGAAGCAGCCUGCCCAGAAGGGCUCGGACCCAGGCGCCCGCAGCCAGCAGCAGCCUCUGGACGAGUCUGUCUACACGGCCCUACAGUGCGGAGACACUGAGGUCUACUCCUGCAUCCAGAACGAGGCCAGCAGGCUGCCGCCCACGCAGAGCCUCCUCUCGCAGGAGAAACCGCAAAGAUUUACGGAUGACAGUGAAUUUAACAUGGUCUAUGAAAACCUCUAGAAUGGGAACCACUGGCCCAUUGGUCUGGGCCUGGAUCCGGGACCCCAUGCGGCCCCUCCCUCCACAGGAUUGGCCCCACACCAGGCGCAAGGCCCCAGGGGUGCCCCAUCACCUCGUCCCCACAUUCGAGGCACUUCAAGCCUCGGUCUGCCCCCUACCCCCCCAUUCUGUGGCCCAGCCAUACCCACUGAGCAUCUCACA